UGGCUGUAGGAGUUCUGUCAGAAAAUGGUUUGACACUGGAAGAAUGGCUGCCUUCAGCAUGGAUUACAGACACUGUUCCUCGUCGGUGCCCGUUUGUGCCACAGAUGGGGGAUGAGGUCUACUAUUUCCGACAAGGUCAUGAAGCUUAUGUUGUAAUGGCUAAGAAGAACAAAAUAUAUAGUAUUAAUCCCAAAAAGCAACCAUGGCAUAAAAUGGAAUUACGGGAGCAAGAGCUGAUGAAGAUAGUUGGGAUUAAGUAUGAAGUGGGAUUGCCUACUCUCUGCUGUCUUAAACUAGCUUUUCUUGACCCUGAUACGGGUAAACUAACUGGAGGAUCAUUCACCAUGAAGUACCAUGAUAUGCCAGAUGUCAUAGAUUUCCUGGUUUUGAGGCAGCAGUUUGAUGAUGCAAAACAUAGGCGAUGGAAUAUAGGUGAUCGUUUCAGGUCAGUGAUAGAUGAUGCUUGGUGGUUUGGAACAAUUGAAAGCCAGGAACCUCUUCAGCCUGAUUAUCCUGAUAGCUUAUUUCAGUGCUACAAUGUCUGCUGGGACAAUGGUGAUACUGAGAAGAUGAGCCCUUGGGACAUGGAGCUGAUACCAAGUAAUGCUGUAUUUCCAGAAGAACUGGGAACUAGUGUUCCUUUAACUGAUGAUGAACGUAGAACGCUGCUCUACAAACCUCUGGAUGGAGAGUGGGGUUCCAGGACCCGAGAUGAGGAGUGUGACAGAAUCAUUGCAGGGAUAAACCAACUCAUGACUCUGGAUAUUGCUUCUGCGUUUGUGGCACCUGUGGAUCUUCAGGCUUACCCAAUGUAUUGCACUGUCGUGGCGUAUCCCACAGACCUCAGUACCAUUAAACAAAGGCUGGAAAGCAGAUUUUACAGGCGCCUUUCUUCAUUAAUGUGGGAAGUCCGGUACAUAGAACACAAUACUCGCACAUUUAAUGAACCUGGAAGUCCAAUUGUCAAAUCCGCCAAAUUUGUCACAGAUCUUCUGCUGCACUUCAUAAAAGACCAGAGUUGCUAUGACAUCAUUCCAUUAUACAAUGCAAUGAAGAAGAAAGUGUUGUCUGACUCUGAUGAGGAAGAAGAGAAAGAUACAAAUGUGCCGGGAACUUCCACUAGAAAAAGAAAGGAUCAUCAGCCAAAGCGGCGGCUACGUAAUAGAGCUCAGUCAUAUGACAUUCAGUCAUGGAAGAAGCAAUGCCAGGAGUUGCUGAAUCUCAUUUUUCAGUGUGAAGACUCUGAACCGUUUCGACAACCGGUGGAUCUCCUUGAAUAUCCAGAUUAUAGAGAUAUUAUUGACACUCCUAUGGAUUUUGCUACUGUUAGAGAAACACUGGAAGCUGGCAACUAUGAGUCACCGAUGGAGUUAUGUAAAGAUGUGAGACUUAUUUUCAGCAAUUCCAAGGCCUAUACACCAAGUAAAAGAUCAAGGAUCUACAGCAUGAGUUUGCGCCUUUCUGCUUUCUUUGAAGAACAUAUAAGUUCUAUUUUAUCGGAUUAUAAAUCUGCCCUACGCUUUCAUAAAAGAAAUACAAUAAAGAAACGAAGGAAAAAAAGAAGUAGAAGCAGCUCAGUUUCCAGUAGUGUUGCAUCCAGCCCUGAAAGGAAGAGGAGAUUAAUAAAACCUCAGCUGAAGGCAGAAACUUCUGCCACCUCUUCGACUUCUGCACCUGCACGGUCAACAGCACUGAGACAUGCUCUGCCUCAGAUAAACGGAAAAGCGGCUGAAACCUCUUCCCUUGUGCGGACUAGAAGCAAUAGGGGGAUAACAGAUGUGGCUGUUGCAGAACAACCAUCUACUUCUUCAGGAGCAAAGCCUUUAACGAUAAAGCCUUUAAUUACAAAGCCUAAUACUACUGCAGGGUCAGGAAAGUCAGUACUGGAGAAUUCAGCCAAACAUUCCAAGAACCAGAAUAUUGUAUCAAUCCCUAGUCAAUCUGAUUACAGUCAUAACACUAGGAAUAACUCCACAAGAGAAAAUCCUGAGAAAGAGAAGCAAAUCAAGCGCAAAGUAAAAUCUUCAACUGUUAAUCAACAAGCAGACUGCAAGAAUAAUGCUUUGGCAUCAGGAAGCAUUCAGGUGAAUGGACACGGAGGACAGCCUUCAAAACCUCCAGUUAAAAGGGGUCCUGGACGGAAACCGAAGGUGGAGACUAAUAACAGUAGCUGUGAAGUGGUGCACAAGAAAAGAGGCAGAAAACCAAAAAAGCUACAAAUUGUUGAACAGCAAAAGGUUGCAGAGCAGAAUACAAUCCAGACCGCAAGGGACGUACCAGAAGAAGCCUCUGCUUCUACUGCAUGCAAUUCUCUUUCUGAAAAUAAUAUGAAGGAAGACUUGUUACAAAAAAAAGGCCGUGGGGGUAGAAAGCCAAAAAGGAAGGUAAAGACCCAUCAGCCAGGCUCGGACCUCUUAGUUCCUGCGAAUGUUAAAAUGCAAACGAGAAGCAGGAGGAAAAAGACAGAUGAGCCUAUGGAGGAGGGGUCUGAAGAGCUUAAAGAUUCUGAACCUCACAUGAGAACUAGAAACCAGGGUAGGAGGACAGCCUUUUACAAUGAAGAUGACUCUGAAGAAGAGCAAAGGCAGCUAUUGUUUGAAGACACCUCCUUAACUUUUGGAACAUCUAGCAGAGGCAGAGUCCGAAAGUUGACUGAAAAAGCAAAAGCUAAUUUAAUCGGUUGGUAA